CCGCUCUUUUACCCGGGAUGGCUUGAGCAAGAAAGCUGCCAACAGUCACGACCUUUGGAUAGAGGAGGGGAAAAAAAGUCCUCAUUUUUUGUUUCUUUUCUUUUUGGGCGAGAGGAUCGCAUGAGCGGCGAGGAGGUUUGUGUUACGCCCGUUGUACCCGCCGCUUGGCCGAUCGACCCUUUCCUGCUGGAGCGAUCGCCCCUGGUCGCCCGUUCCCACGACCCUCUUCUUCCAGGUCCGCUCUCCGCGCCUUCUUGCCAUGCGGCUGCAUCCACUUUUGGCCGCCGUCGGCCUUUUCCUUUCCGCCUUCCCGUUAUUCUACCUCUCGAACACCGUCGCGGCCUUGCACAGCCCUCUGGUGAUUGCAGUCCUUGGCAUUAUUAUUCUGUCGCCUUUGUUUGUUCUGAUUUAUCUCCCAAGCCGCUCCUACGAGGAUCCUCUUUUAUAUGUGUUCAUGGUCCUUUGCUUCAUUGCUGGAACGGAUGCUGUGAUCGCUUUGGAGAAAGACGGCUACACCAGCAGCUUUGCGGAUUUCUACAUCAGAGAGGGUGAGCCUUAUCUGGGCACAGCACAUGGCAUUAUGAUCUCCUACUGGCAUGCUGCAGUGAACUUUGCCAUGUAUCUCUUCAUGAUUGCAGCCAUUGUUCAAAGAAAGAGUUACCGGAACGUCGGCCUCUAUUGGACAGGAUCCUUCACCAUGGCACUUGUGGUUUUUCUGCUGGGAAAUGUGAUUGGGAAGUACAGCUCUGAGAUCAAACCAGCCUUUCUACUCAACCUUCCUUAUCUCAUCAUACCCAUCUGGGCAGCCAAAAGGCUCUUUGACCAGCCCAGAACCUGCCCUCUGCCAACAGCUGAUCAGGUUGCAGAAGAGCAAAACAAGAAUCUGCUCCAGCGCCCUAUGGAUUUGGGGUUGAUAGGAUUUCUCCUUUUGGCUGUGGUCUACACACUCUUCCGAGGACUGGUUGUUCUGGACUGCCCAGCUAAUUCCUGCUUUGAUUACAUUUACCUGCAAGAACCUUACCUGCGAGAUCUAGUGGCCUACCCCAAGAUUCAGAUGUUGGUGUAUCUAUUUUAUGUCCUGCCAUAUUUCUGCAUCUGCAUCUAUGGAUUACUCGUUCCUGGAUGCACAUGGAUGGGAGACUGGGCCUUGGUUUUUGCUGGUGCUAUUGGACAGGCUCAGUUUUCCCACGUAGCUGCCUCCAUUCACCAUCGCACUCCUUUUCCAUACCGCAUCCCAGAAAGAGAUUGGUGGUUUGUGGUCCUAUGCAACGUAGCCUAUGCGGUAGGCCCACAGCUCUUAGCUUACCGCUGUCUCUACAGACCUGCCUUUUUCUGUAGCCCCGUUUCCCAGUCCAAAGACAAGAAGAACCAGUGAAGAAAAAAAAAAGAGGAAAUCUUGUGCUCGCUGUUGCUCACAAAUCCAAUGGUGUUACACACAGGUGCUUCCCUGGGAGAACCCCAGUUCUGACAGUGUUUUAAAUAACUUGGGGGGGAUAGGUGGUCUAAACCAUUCCUUGUAUAGCCACAGCCGACCUUUGCCUCGUCUGUAUGAUGCACUUGAAGCUGAUUUGAAACAGUGAAAUCAAAAACGUUCAUUGAUCUAUAGCAGAUCCUUUUGAUGUGGCGAACAAAGUUAACCCAAAAGCCAGAUGGUUUUAGGUCUUUAAAAACUACACUUGAGAUUUUGGGGUGGGAAAGUUCCUGGGAGAUCAUGUGAGAAUACAGAAGAAGAACAAGAGAGAUUUGAAAGCCUUCGAGGAUGCGAUUUGAAGAAGCUGGCUAUCUUGUUAUACGUUUUCCUAUUUUUCACCAGGAAAAGGAGGAUUGGUGAACAAAAGGAACCUGUUCAUAACGCAGAAACGGGGACCUGGGACAUCGCCAUGAAGUCACUGUUUACAGAAUUAUAAUGUGAGGGGAACAAAACCCCAGAUUAAUAUAUGACUUUUAAAGA